CUUGUCACUUCGCAUCUAGACGGAUACUUUCGCCAUUUAUAUAUCGAUAGAACUGAUCGAAAUAUCUGCACUGACCAGUUACGCCAAUCGCUUCUUGUAUGGUGAUGGAGAGGAAGAGGACGGAAUGUGCCGCUCUGCCGCCCGGCUGGAAGAAAGAAGAAGUAAUCAGGAAGUCCGGGCUGAGUGCCGGGAAGAGCGACGUUUACUAUUACAGUCCCUCAGGGAAGAAGUUCCGCAGUAAACCUCAGUUGUCCAGAUACUUGGGAAACAGUGUGGACCUGGCUUGUUUCGACUUCAGGACUGGGAAGAUGAUGCCAGGGAAACUGCAGAAGAACAAACAACGGCUUCGGCACGAUGCACUCAGCAUCUCCAAGGGAGGAAAGAUGGACCUGAACACAACUCUGCCCAUUAGACAAACGGCCUCUAUCUUUAAACAACCUAUUACCAAGGUAACAACUCAUCCUGGGAACAAGGUGAAGACAGACCUUCAGAGGGCGACAGAGCAGCCCAGACAGCUGUUCUGGGAGAGAAGGUUAAAAGGUCUGCGGUCAUCUGAUGUCACAGAAGAAGUCCUGAGAACCAUGGAUCUGCCCAAAGGGCUGCAGAGUGUUGGUCCAGACUCCAGCGAUGACAUACUCCUGUCAGCCAUCGCCAGUGCUCUGCACAUGAGCUCGUCUCCCAUUACUGGACAGAUGUCGGUGGCUGCUGAGAAGAACCCAGCCAUCUGGCUCAACACGUCCCAGCCACUCUGCAGGGCCUUCACUGUAACUGAUGAACAUAUCAGGGAGCAGGAGCUGAAAGUACACCAGGCCAGGAGGAGUCUGGAGGAGGCACUGAUGGCUGACGGUUUGGCGCGGGUUGCAGAAAACGGCAGGGAACUGUUGGAAGGAAAAACAGCCUGAAGAUUCAGAUGAAGGGUGACGGAAAGACCACUGUGAACCAAGGUUAGAGACUCUUCUGGUCCACCAGCCUCAGGUUCAACAUCAUCUCUAUCUAUUUUCCUGCUAACGACAAACCAAAACAAACAGACUGAUGCACACAACAAAAUCCCUGCACUGAUCCCACAUCCUAGACUCUUCUGCCCCCCUCAAUUUUCUUCUGUCAGAUUCUGCUGAAGGACAUCAGGUGAUUUUUAACAGUUAAUGAUGAAGGAAAAUGGGACGAAAAAAACCAAACAGCAAUAAGUAAACGAUGUGAACCAGCCGUUAAUACUUAUUUCUUACUUUGCUAACUUCAAAGUGUCUCACAACUCUGAUUCAGGUAGAAGUUGUCAUUGUCUCUUUAUAUUUAUAUCUAAUAAGAAGAAGAAGAACAGGUGAGAGCUUAUUUUAAACCAGGUUUGCAAACUGCUGGACGGCUUUUGCUACUGAACUGAACUCUACUGAACCUUCAACCACCUGUUUGGCUGUUUGUAAAGUCAUGUGAUUACUUCAGGGUUAUUUUCUCCAGGUUGGACAUGAUUGUGACACAUAAUGUAUUUACGAGAAAUAAUAAAGAAUUUCUUUGGAACUGUGAAGGGGCAGUCCAAGAAUUUUUGAUAGAAGAUUAAAUGAGGUUCUUCAGUUUGCCCCAUGUGCCACCCUGUGGUGGGAACACCUUGUGGUUGCACCACCCUGUGUCCCUGUGUAGUUAGUGCAGGAAAAGUAUAAGAAAAACAUUUCAAAUUCAGCACAAGGCAGAGACUGAUCAAAAACCUGUUUACUGUGGUGUCUAACACAGAAUAUUUGUCUGGGUCAGUACUAAGAUGUACAUCUUGCUCCACAUAGUCCAUAUACAAUCAGAAAUAACAAACCAGAAGCAGUCCACAUUUGGUAUUUAGAAUGUAAACCUCUUCAUGCCCAGACUAGAUUUUUUUUGUUUUUUGGUCCACCUUUGGGCCAAAAAAGAACCAUCUUUGUUUUGGCAAAUGACUUACAUUUGUUUGUUUUUGUGACUGAUGUACAGGCAACCACAGGUAAAUAAAAUAUAUAUAUGUGUUUGUGUGUGUGUGUAUAAAUAUAUAUACAUAUAUGAAUACAUGCAUAUAUAUCAAAAUGCACAUACCAUACUUACAUCUACAGUACGCUGUACAUACUCUGUUAAAUAUGGACUGCUCCUCCUGUGCAUCCUGACGGCAAGUCACACUUUUAACUGUUUUUUGUUACUUCCUAAAAAUAAUGUAUUGUUUUUUUGCGGAAGUACUAUUUUGUUACAGAAGCACAAACUGUUUUUGUGGUCAGGAUUUUAAAAAACAUUUCCCCACACGUCUUUUUUUUUUUUUAGUUUAUCCAGAAUCAUUCAUAUUCAUUGGAUCCUCUUUACCUCACCUCAAAAACCCAGGUCUGUCCCUUUAAGAACAAACUUUAUGUCUAUAUUUCUUUAAUUUGUGUAAAUAAAAUUUAUAUUCACGCUUA